GAAGUGCUCAGACAAAAUUGACCGAUAAUCUCAUCUGGGAGGAGGGUUGUGUUCAAGUUAGAGAAGGUGUUCUCUUAAAUCUUGUCAACAAAGUCCCAUGGAGUGUUUUUACGGCCUCUUUUAAAUGGGCCCUUCUCGUACGGGAUAUUUUCACUUCACCGGCGACAGCAGUAAGAAACUGUUAAGUGUUGUGAAUCAUAAAUAAAAUGCUGCAGCUGCCUGGACGAACUUAGCUAGCAAGGAAAACACCAGUGAGUUUGCCAGAAACGCUAGCAGCUACCUGGCAAACGACGGAUCUGUUUAAGGCCCAGGAGACGGGGUGGCUCGAGAUCCAGCUGAGUGAUACCACAAACAAAAAUACAUGUAAUCGAUCUAAACAUUGAGACCUGGAACCCUCCAGCUCAGAACGUGGUUUAUGUUUUGAGGUGAGGCCAUGACGACUAUCAACAUAACCAGGGAAAUCCUGCACAGGCAGAUAAGUGAUAAGAGAGCGUCAGGUUUUCAAAGGUUCCAUCAUGUGACCGAUCCUUUCAUUAAAAGACUUGGACUGGAGGCAGAGCUCCAGGGCCACACCGGCUGCGUAAACUGUUUGGAGUGGAACGAAAAAGGAGAUCUUCUAGCUUCAGGUUCAGAUGACCAGCAUGCCAUCAUCUGGGAUCCCUUCAAACACAAGAAACUUACAACUAUGCACACAGGUCAUGCAGCAAAUAUAUUUUCAGUUAAGUUCCUUCCUCAUUCUGGAGACAGGAUAUUGAUAACUGGUGCGGCCGACACAAAGGUCCAUGUGCACGAUGUGACCGUGAAGGAGACCAUCCAUAUGUUUUCCGACCACACCAACAGAGUCAAACGUAUUGCCACGGCGCCCAUGUGGCCCAACACCUUCUGGAGCGCCGCGGAAGACGGCAUCAUCAGACAGUAUGACCUGCGGGAGAAUAGUAAACACUCCGAGGUGCUCAUUGACCUCACAGAGUUUUGUGGUCAGCUGGUUGAGGCCAAGUGUCUGGCGGUCAACCCGCGGGACAACAACUACCUGGCUGUGGGAGCAAACGGGCCUUUCGUUCGUCUCUAUGACAUCCGGAUGAUUCACAACUACAGGAAAUCUUUGAGUCAGAGCACAUCAGCAGCUGUGCACUCCUUCUGUGAUCGGCAGAAGCCCAUCCCAGAUGGUGCAGGGCAGUACUAUGUAGCAGGACACCUGCCGGUGAAGCUGUUGGACUACAAUAACCGGCUGAGGGUCCUGGUGGCCACUUACGUUACCUUCAGUCCAGACGGCACAGAGCUGCUCGUCAACAUGGGCGGAGAACAGGUCUAUUUGUUCGACCUGACCUUUAAGCAGAGCCCGUAUACCUUCCUGCUUCCAAAGAAAUACCAGUCAUUACCAGAAGAUAUGCCGAAUGGAAAGACCGCUAACAGUGUCUUCAAUGGAAUUCAUUUCCCUUCCAGCCACAUCUGCUUUGCCGGAAGCAAAAUGCAACAGAGUUCCACUGAGCUCCCACCUCACUUGGAGAAGAUAAAGCAACAGGCGAACGACGCAUUUGCCCGGCAGCAGUGGACGCACGCCAUCCAGUUGUACAGUUUAGGCAUUCAUAAAGCCAACCACAACGCAAUGCUUUAUGGGAAUCGGGCUGCUGCCUAUAUGAAGCGCAAGUGGGACGGAGACCAUUACGAUGCCCUUAGAGAUUGCAUAAGGGCUCUCGCAAUAAACCCCGACCACCUGAAAGCACAUUUUCGACUGGCAAGGUGCUUGUUUGAGCUGAAGUAUGUGGCUGAGGCGCUGGAGUGUCUGGAUGAUUUCAAAGGAAAAUUUCCGGAGCAAGCCCACAGCAGUGCCUGCGACUCCUUAGACAAAGACAUCCGGGCUGCGCUUUACACCAAAUCAGAAUCAGAAGAGAAAAAGGCAAACAUUCGAUUUCACUCCUACAACCGGAAAGAGUCCAUUCCCGAGGAUGAGCUGGUGUUGAGGGAGCGUAGCUUGGAUUACAAGCACAGAUACUGUGGCCACUGUAACACCACCACCGACAUCAAAGAGGCCAACUUCUUUGGAAGCAAAGGCCAGUACAUUGUCAGCGGCUCAGACGAUGGCUCCUUCUUCAUCUGGGAGAAGGAAACGACUAAUCUGGUGAGGAUCCUGCAGGGGGAUGAGUCCAUAGUCAACUGCUUACAGCCGCACCCCAGCUACUGCUUCCUGGCCACCAGCGGUAUUGACCCCGUGGUUCGGUUAUGGACCCCAAGACCAGAGACUGACAGUGAGAACGGGCGUGUGGUGGAGGACAUGGAGGGAGCCGCGCAGGCCAACCAGCGGCGCAUGAACGCCGACCCUCUGGAGGUUAUGCUGCUUAACAUGGGCUACCGCAUAACGGGCCUGCGCGGGGUGGGACCGGACGGCUCGGACGAUGAAGACAGUUCAGAAGGACAGGUGCAGUGCAGGCCGAGCUAAACCCGUCCGUUCCUUUGGAUGGAGUUAGGAAGCAAAGCGCCCUCCCGGCUCCUGUGUGCCCCCUCUCCCCGCCUGCCUGACAGAGCGCUGAGUCCAUCUCUGCACUAUGCAUCACUCUCUCCUCUCUGAAGCCAGGACUUGUGGAGACCAGGUUAGGGAGAGGAAUUCACGCAGGAUGACAUCCUUCAUCCUUUUAAUGCACCUACGAAACCUCAGCUUCUCUCUCCAGCCUCUGCUGGCCGGGGAGCUUCUUUGAGGAGAGCGCCUUUGUUUGUACUCGCUACUCCUCAGGUUUAGGUUGAAGGAACGCAUAGAAGCAGCAGGAGAUCUGGCCAGGUGACCCAUUUUCAGGGAAGCAUGACUACUUUGUCAUGCACCCCACCGUAAGGAAGAUCAGUUCACAUAAGAGAAAAUGCUGGUGUGCUGCUGCUUCCCUGCCUGUCUGCUUGAGGGAGCAGCAUGUCGCAGUGCCCAACCCCUCUCAGCACCUGCACAUGCAAGUUACUGCUUUUGAUUUUCACUGCUUUCCGUUGGCUUUGGUCACAGAAGGCCGAGACUCAAUUGUAUUUAUAAACUUUUACUUUACAGCUGUCUUUUCUCCUCUCCCAAAGGUUUCCAUCUAAUCAUUACAACUGCUAAGGAUGUUGACGCAGGUUUCUCUGUUUCUUUGAAUCUGACUGUGGCACCUUUUGGUUUGGAUGACUUACUUGUAAUAAAGACUUUUUCUAACAUGUA